ACCUUUCGAGGUAUUGUAAUCCCUACUUGCAUCAUUUCUACUUGCCGGUGAAAAACAGUUUGGAGCAUCCUCUUCCAUUACAAACUACAAUGAAGUGUCAGGCUCUUCGCAGAUUUGGUCAGAAGCUGAUGCGGAGACGCAUAUUGGAUCCAAGCAUGACCGAGACUCGCCUUGCCCGAUGCCUGAGCACUCUGGACUUGGUGGCCCUGGGUGUGGGCAGCACACUAGGUGCAGGCGUGUAUGUCUUGGCUGGUGGGGUCGCCAAAGAUAAAGCAGGACCUUCCAUUGUGAUCUGCUUUUUGGUGGCCGCCCUGUCCUCCUUGUUGGCAGGGCUGUGCUAUGCUGAGUUUGGUGCCCGGGUGCCCCAUUCUGGUUCUGCAUAUCUCUACAGCUAUGUCACUGUGGGUGAACUCUGGGCCUUCACUACUGGCUGGAACCUUAUCCUCUCCUAUGUCCUCGGUACAGCCAGUGUGGCCCGGGCCUGGAGUUCUACUUUUGACAACUUGGUUGGGAACUACAUCUCCCAGACAUUGAAAGGGACCAUUGCACUACAUGUGCCCAAUGUCCUUGCAGAAUAUCCAGACUUCUUUGCUAUGGGCCUUGUGUUGCUGCUUACUGGAUUGCUGGCUCUAGGGGCUAGUGAGUCUGCCCUUGUGACCAAAGUGUUCACAGGAGUGAAUCUUUUGGUUCUCGGCUUUGUCAUCAUCUCUGGCUUCAUUAAGGGAAACCUGCAAAACUGGAAACUCACAGGAGAGGACUAUGCAUUGACGAAGGCUGGACUCAAUGACACUACUAGCUUGGGCCCUCUGGGCGCUGGAGGAUUCAUGCCUUUUGGUGUUGAAGGGAUUCUUCGUGGAGCGGCUACCUGUUUCUAUGCAUUUGUUGGUUUUGACUGUAUUGCCACCACAGGAGAAGAAGCUCGGAACCCACAGCGUUCCAUCCCCAUGGGCAUCGUGAUCUCCCUCUCGGUGUGCUUUUUGGCCUAUUUUGGUGUGUCUUCAGCUCUCACCCUCCUGAUGCCUUACUAUCAGCUUCAGCCUGAAAGCCCUAUGCCUGAGGCGUUCCUCCAUGUGGGAUGGGCUCCUGCCCGUUAUCUUGUGGCUGUUGGCUCCCUCUGUGCUCUUUCUACUAGCCUCUUGGGGUCAAUGUUCCCUAUGCCUCGGGUGAUCUACGCAAUGGCCGAGGAUGGUCUUCUGUUCCAUGUCCUUGCUCGGGUCCACAGUGGUACAUACACACCCAUCUUGGCCACUGUGGUUUCUGGCAUUAUUGCAGCGUUCAUGGCAUUCCUCUUUAAACUCACCGAUCUUGUAGACCUCAUGUCAAUUGGAACCCUGCUGGCUUACUCUCUGGUAUCCAUUUGUGUUCUCAUCCUCAGAUAUCAACCAGACCAGAAGAUAAAGACAGAAGAAGAGGAAAUAGAGAUUCAGGAGGAGCAGACAAGUGAAGCAGAGAAGCUGACCCUCCAGGAUCUAUUUUGCCCAAUUAACUCUGUUCCGACUCCACUCACUGGCCAAAUUGUCUAUGUUUGUUCUUCACUGCUUGCUCUACUGCUGACUAUUCUUUGCCUGGUGCUGAAUCAGUGGACAGUUCCAUUACUUUCUGGAGAACCAGUGUGGGCCACCGUGGUUGUGCUGCUCCUGUUGCUCAUUACUGGAAUCACUGGGGUUGUCUGGAGACAGCCACAGAACCCUGCUCCUCUUCACUUUAAGGUACCUGUUGUGCCUUUCCUCCCACUAGUGAGCAUCUUUGUCAAUGUUUACCUUAUGAUGCAGAUGUCUGCUGGUACCUGGGCCCGAUUUGGGGUCUGGAUGCUGAUUGGUUUUACUAUCUACUUCGGCUAUGGGAUCCGGCACAGUGUUGAGGAGGUUAAGAGGCAGCAACCUCCACCAAAGAGCACAGCCCAGGUUAUAGACCUUGAUCUCACCAGUUCCUGUAUCCAGUCCAUUUGA